UAAUGUCGAGCUGGGAGGACGCCGCCGACAACGACGAUGCCUGGGAGGUCAACGAGCUACCUGCGGACACCGCGGCGCCAGCAGCACCACCAACUGACGACGGCGCCGACUGGACGUCGGCCGUGGCAGCGCCGGCGCCGGCGCCGGCGCCCGCAACUGUCGUCGUCGACGACAAGCCGCUGAUCCUUGUGAACUUUACGAAGUUGUCAAAAGGCAGGAUACACAACAAAUUUGACCCCAACGCGUGCAACGACCCCGAGGCGAAGUCGGCGCUGGCGAAACGGAUCGGCGAGGACUACGAGCGAUACGCGUCCGACGCGGAGCUGAUCGCGUCGGGAGACGUCCGCGCCUCCGGCACCUCGUGCUGGCGAGCGGCGCUCGCCGAGUUACGCAAGGAGCGGCCGGGCCAGUUCUUCGCACCCGUCUUCCCACCACCAAGUUAACGACAUUUUACGAUAGGA